CGCCGCGUCACGUGAGCCGGCGGCGGCGAUGCCCAAGUACUGCCGGGCCCCGCACUGCUCCAACGUGGCGGGACAGGCCCGGCCGCCCGCCCGCCGCCUCAGCUUCUACAAGUUCCCGCUGCACGACGCGACGCGGCUCCGGCAAUGGCUGACGCAGAUGCGCCAAGAGAACUGGGUGCCCACCCGCCACCAGCACCUCUGCAGCGACCACUUCGAACCCUCCUGCUUCCAGUACCGCUGGGGCGUGCGCUACCUGCGGCCCGACGCCGUCCCCACCAUCUUCCCCCUGAAACAGGAGAGUCCCAACACAUCGCCGGGCACCACCCAACCUAAGCAGCCCCUCCUGACGAGUGAUGCGGAGCCGGUGACACCGGAACGGUCACCGAUCCCCAAAACCACCGCGCCAGAGGCCGUGACCGUCGCCCUGGAGCCCGAUUCGGCCACGGCGCCACCGUCGCUCGACCCUCUGGGCGUGGUGGAGCCGGCUGACGGCUCUGAGGGGGUCCCCUCCCACCCGCAGCCGUCUCCGGACCGCGUCACCGCGCUGUCGCCGUCCCCGCCGCAGACGGACGACGCGGCCGUCGAGCUUCCCGCCGCCAGCCCGCUGCCGUAUUUCAAGCCGGUCCCCGCGACGCCGGCUACCGUGCCGGAAACCAUCGUGUCCUCUGCCCUCACGUUACCGAUCGUUUCCACCAUCCCCAUCGUGUCGAAAACCGCGCCGUCGACGACGUCGCCGCCGGGCGAGCUGAGCACCGAGGAACUCGUCGCCGUGGUGCUGGUACUCCAGAGGAAGGUGAAGGUGCUGCAGCAACGCCAACGGCGUCACCGCGCCCGGCUGGAGGCCAUGGAGGGGUUGGCGGAGCAGCUGCGUCGCAAGAGCCUGCGCUCCAAGGAGAGGCUCGAGCUGGUGGGUGACGGCGGGGGCGCGCUGGGGACGUCGCGUGGGCGGGCGGUGUGACGUCAUUCCAAAGCGGGUGACGGCGUUGCACGAGGGGCGUCGCCCCGUGGCGUGUCCCUGAGUUGGGGACGUCCCCUCUGUCCCUGUGUUGUCCCCCCGCCAUCCUCCAGGCCUGUCUGCAGCUGGGCCGGUGACACCGGAUCCCGCCGGCGCCGACAUCCGCCGAGAGGACGACGCGGCCGUGAUGUCACCGGGAACCUGCCGGGAUGGGGUUUUUUGGGGGGG